AUGGAUAUUGAUGAUUUAUUAGAGCAAAUAGAUCUCAAUAAUGACAUUAAGCCUUAGAGUAUAAGAGAAAGAAAUAGAAGGUCCUUUAUGGAUCCUCCGUAAUAGAAUUUUUUUAAUGAAGGAAAUUGGAAACUUAAAAAAUUACAAGUGAUCCAUAUGAAUUCGAUAGCAUACUAAAAUCUCAAGAUUCUCCUUUUGAUAGACAAUCUUCCUUUGUACCUAGACAAAGACCUUAAACUGCUAUUAUAGAUGAAUCAAAAAAACAAAAAAUGGCUGAUCUUUUCUAACUACCAAAAACUACUAUAAAUAACGAUUUGCCUCCACCUCCUCCAUAAAUUGAAGAUACAAGUAACAAUAUGGAAAUUUCAAUGGGAUAGAGUAGAAGAUAAAAAAUGAGGAUUUUAUCAUAAAAUAAGGGUCAACCUUAGAAAAGUGAUAUUAAUUCAAGUUAAGAUCCUAUUGCUAAUAAUACAUAACAGAAUGAAGUAGAAAAACAAUCUGUUUAGUCUGAUUACUCAAUUAAAUAAAGCAAAUAACCAGAAAUAUAAUUAUGUGCUCCAAUAAAUUUGAAUAUUUAAAGAUUUUAAGAUGAAAUUAAGUAAUUGAAAUAAGAAACAGAAAAAUUAUAAGAUGAUGUAAAGGUUUUGAGUAAUGAGAAAUAAAAACUUUCUGAUGAAUUAGAAAUUGAAAGAAGAGAGAGAUAAAGAAUAAUUAACGAGAAAUUAGAGACAGAAAGAAAUUUCAUUAAAGAAAGAGAAUAGUUAAAGAAUGAUUAUGAAAGAGAAAAAUAAAGAGCAGUUGAUGCUGUUAAAUUGGAAGUAUCUAUUUUAAAUUUAUAAAUAAUUAGAAUGAAAUUAUGAGAUAACAAUUAGGAGAAUAAAAACAAUUAGAUCAUCUUGCAGAUAAAAUUAAAGAUAGUGCUAAAGAAUUAGAGAUUCUCAAAAAUCAAUUAUAUCAUAAAAAUGAAUAAUAAAAUUAAGAAAAAAUAAGAUUAUUAGAAAAAAAGUAGUAUGAAAUUAAUGAUUAAGAGACAUAUUUGGAAAAAGAGAAAUCUUAUAUUGAAAAUGAAAAGAGAAGACUAUAAAAUAUUUAAGAUGAUAUAAGUAGAAGAGAGUAAUUGUUUUUUGCAUCUAUGGAAGGGGAUAAGAGAUCAUUAUAGAGUGAAAAAUAACUAAUAUAAGAUAUCAAGGAAUCUUUGAGAUCUUUGGAAAUUGAAACUAAAAAACGUUUAGAAUAAGAAAGUAUGUUUAUAUAAAGAUAAAAGUAAUUUAUUAUAUAUUAUUUAGAAAUGAACUAGAAUUUUUGAAAAAUGAAAUGAAUUCAUAAGCUCAAAAUAAAUUAAGAUAAUUGGAUUUAGAAAGACAAUUAUUCGAAUAGUAAAAGAGUGAAUAUCAUUAAUUUACUUAGAAAAAUAAUUAGAUUAUUUAAUAAAAAUAUUCAGAUAUUGAAAAAUAAUAAUAAAAAAAUGGAACUAAAGAAAUGCAAUUAAUUGCUUUAUAAAGAGAUUUAGAUAUGAAAAGCAAUUAAGUAACUAGUUUACAUGCUGAGUAUUCUAGAAAAUUAAGUUUGAUUGAAGGUGAAAGAGAAUAAUUAUUGCAAAAAUUAAAAGAAAUUAAUGAAAAAGAAAAGCUUUACCAUAAAGAAAUUAAUAAUGUUUAAGAAUUUAGAAAUAUAUAUUAAUAAGAAAAAGAGACAAUUUAAAAAUAAAAACAUGAAAUGCAUUAAUAAAUGACAUAAAAUCAAUAAGAAAAAAUAUAGAUUGAAUAAGAAAAGAAUUAAUUAACAUAAAUGCAUAAGACCUUAUCUAAUUUAAGAUAAGAAAUUACUUAAAAUAAUACUUAAGGAUUUUCUUAAACUGCAGGAUUAUCAGCAAAACCUGUAUAAAAAAAUAAGGUUGAGAAACCUAAAUCAUCGUAAAAAAUCCCAAUUCAUAAUAAUUCUUCGGCUAAUUAAACAGUAUAAAAUUUUGAUGUAGGUAGUUAUAUGAAAUACUUAAAGAAUGUUGAUUAUUUACAUUGA